AUGGAUCCGUGGUCGCUAAGUGCUUUCGCGAGCGGCGCGACAGCACACCUUCUCCUCUACCGCCAUGGCGAAUGGGACGUGAAGUCACUUGGUAUUUUCCAGAGUUACGGACUCCUUCUAAUCGCUCUAAGCGUCCUCGAGCGCAUGAACGUACUGGAAACCCUUUUGGACACUGCCAUGCCGACAAAUUGGGCCUUCAGAGCUCUCGGAUAUCACAUCCUGGGCCUCUACUCGAGCAUGUUAUUUUAUCGCGCCUUUUGGCACCGUCUAUCCAGCUUCCCUGGUCCGUUUCUCGCCAGGUUGUCAAACUUCUAUGUCACUGGGCUGUCGGCGAAAAAGUUCCAGCUCUACGAGGAAGUCGAGAAAUUGCAUCAAAAGCAUGGCGAUUAUGUUCGGCUAGGACCCACUGAACUGUCGAUCACUGACCCCCUGGCUGUCAAGGCGCUAUAUAGUAGUGCGGCGAAGGUGAGCAAGGGGCCUUGGUACACGGUCCUAGAGCCGAAGGUUUCUCUCCAAAUGGUGCGAGAUAAGAAAGAGCAUGCUCGGAGAAGGAAAGUCUGGGAUCAGGGAUUCAGUUCAAAAGCACUUCGGGAUUAUGAACCUCGCGUCACUCAUUAUACAGAUCAGCUAAUUGCCGCGAUCGAAAGGUCUGCCGGCAAGCCCAUGAACAUGACAGCAUGGUUCAAUUACUACAGCUUCGACAUCAUGGGUGAUCUUUCAUUUGGGAAAUCAUUCAAUAUGCUGGUUGAUGGGAAGGAGGCCUAUAUACUGAAGCAGCUGCACACAGAUAUGCAAAGCGUCGGCCUAUUUAGCCAUUUGACAUGGUUAUUCCCAUUCUUCAAGAGAACACCCGGCCUGAACGCAGAUUACCUUCGAUUCUGGAAAUUCAUUGGCGAGCAAGUUGACGAACGAAUCAAGAACGCACCGGAUCGCCCGGACGUCUUCUCAUGGAUUCUCGACGCAUUUCAGAAUGGCCCGAAAACGAAGCAGGAUCAUAUUGACCUUUAUGGUGAUGCCUAUCUCAUUAUUGUUGCUGGAAGUGAUACAACCGCAGCAACGCUGACCAGCAUGUUCUUCCAUAUCGCAAGCGAGCCGAGAAUACAAAAAGAGCUCCAGGCAGAGCUUGAUGCCCUACCAGCUCUGUCGCAGGAACAGUUGGCAGGCGUCAAGCUGUUAGACGCUCUAAUUAAUGAAACUCUGCGUCUGCAUCCUGCCGUUCCUUCGGGAACUCAACGCUUGACACCCCCCGAGGGUAUUUCUAUCGGCGAUCGGUAUAUUCCCGGUGACGUGAUGGUCUGCAUUCCCACACACACAAUGUUCAGAGAUCUGCGCAUCUUCGAGCGACCCCAGGAAUUUCUCCCCGAGAGAUGGACUACACAACCGGACCUGGUCAAGGACGCUUCUGCUUUUAUCCCUUUCAAUGCCGGACCAUAUGCCUGCGUCGGAAAGCAACUUGCCCUGAUGGAGCUUCGGCGUGUUGUUGCGGAAGUUUUCACAAAAUAUGAUGUUUCGUUUGCACCGGGACAGACGGAGUCUGCUUUCCUCGAGGCUAAGAAGGAUACCUUUACCUUGGUGACUGGUCCACUGAAUAUGGUAUUUACCCCAAGAAAGAAAGACAGCACGGCUUGA